AUGUCUGGCAUCUGGUCGGCCUUCGCAUGUUGUUUCCCUCGGAAACGGACGAGGCACGAUGAAGGCGAAGGAUCGGAGACCAACUCGCUAUUAGCUCACAGUGUACACGAGGAUCUUGCCGGAGCGAACAAUAAUAAGCCGCAAUCGAUCGUCUCGUAUGAAGCACCGCAACCCGGUGUAGGUGGCAGUACUGUCGGGUACGGAGCUGUAGGACAGGGUCAUGCCGUCUUGGGUGAAGAGGGAAGAUUGAGGGUACAAAGUAUUGCCAGCGCAGUUGAAAACCGGAUGAUCUCGAUUAAUCAUCCUACUCAGUCUAACUUGACCCCUCAUUACUCUCAAUCCCGUCGUCCGACCCCUUCGAAGCAGGACAUGCCGCCUGCCCGAUCGACGACCUCUUCCCCAACAUCGUUGGCGGAAGAGCCAACCGAAGCUCCUCCUGUCAUCUCCUUGCCUCCCGCCGAGACUUCUGCAGGAAAUCAAGGUCAAGAUCAGGAUGCCAAUGCCAACGCUCGACCGGAUUUGGGUCGAUCGAGGAGCAGUACCUCGUCAUCAUUUUCUCAGACUCAGCAAGCGCAGAUCGAAGGUGUGCGUCGAGUCAACCUGAACCUGGGUGGGAUGUGGGAGCGAGAACGAGAGCGGGAGAGGAGUAAAGGUGGGAAGAAGGGUUCGGUCGGGAGCGCUGCUGCGGCCGGCGGGACGAUCAAGAGUAAUGCGAGCGUGAAGAGCACAGGGAAGAAGGACAAGGAGGAUGAGCCGGUCACUGUGGCUCCUGCUCCUUCUACUGCUAAAGUUGCUGCUGGCGGCGAGGCAGGUCCGUCUGCUCAGGUUGACGCACCCAAGACGAAUGACAAGCCGAUCGAAGUCGAAGUCGAGACUGAAACCGAGGCCAGCCCUGCAGUCCCCGAGGCGCAACCGACCAAGGACGAACCUGCCGCGGUCGUUGUUGACAACAAGGACGUCGACAAGUCUGGUGAGGAGGAACCGGCGGGGACGACGACGCCCGGUUCGGACAACAAGGAUGGCGGGAAUGCGAACGGCGGCGGGGGCAAGAGUGGCCGGGGGAAGAAGAAGAAGAACAGGGGCAGAGGUCGAGGCAGGGGCGGCAAGGGAGGUCGAUAA